AUGCAGGACAGUCGGAUAGUGGCUAACUUGUGUGAAAGGCUCAAGAAACAAGAGACUUUACCAGGAGAGGUAAAAGAAGAGCAUCAGUCUACAAACAAGUGCAUCUUGCACUCCUCUAAGGAGCUCAAACUCUACUGUAAACAAUGCCAGAUGCCAGUUUGUGAGCUGUGUUUAGAAGAAAAACAUGAUAACCAUCGCACAACAACUGUGAAUGUGGCUGCACAGGAAAGGAGUUCUACAGACCAAGCCUUGAUCAAUGAGGGGAGGAACAUCUUAAACAGUUACUGCAGCUUCAUCAGAGAUCUGAGAGAGACAGAGAAAACCCUGGAUGAACAAAAACAGCAGAGAGACAACAGCAUCAUCCAGGCCUACAACCAAAUGGUGAAAACAAUGGUUCAGCAACUCAAACAGAGUAAAGACUACCUUUUGUCUGAAUCACAACAAAAUCACAGCGAGAACUUGGAGAGAAUACAGAAUGGAAGGGGAAUAGUGUUGGCAGAUGUCAAUGAACUGUCCACUGCAUGUGAUCAAGCAGAACAAAAAAUGAAACAGGGAGUGGUGGAGUUUCUUAGUCAGCAAACUGCUUUGACAGAGGUGGUAGAAAAGUACAGAGGAAAAGCAGUACUAACUCCUGUACAAACCCAGCCUGCUGUCUUCCAUCCCACAGACACCACAUUGGCAGUAUUGGGACAUAUGACGGUCCAUCCUCUUCCAUCUGCACCAAUCCCAGCAGCACCUGCUGUAAGGGAGAAAAGCCAUCGUCAUGGCAACCAAGAGCUUCAGUCUCUUACAUCUGCACUAAUCCCAGCAGCACCUGUAGCAAGGGGCAAAGGUCAUCACCAAGGUAACCAAGAAAUUAAGUCUCUCCCAUCUGCACCAAUGCCAUUUGCAUCUACAACAACUAAUGAUUCAUCACAGGUCACAGGUCAUCACCAUGGUAACCAGAGGCAAUGGGAGGAUCAGCCUCUGAUGUUUGGUGGAGAAGGAUCAGGAACAGGCUAUUUCAGCAACCCAACUGGUGUUACAGUGUCAGAGAGAGGACAAAUCUUUGUAGCAGACAGGGAAAAUCAAAGAAUCCAAGUCUUUAUCCUUCAGGGAACUUUUGUCAGGAAGUUCACAACUCGUGUCUUUCCAGAUUCUGAAGAUUCUUGUUACUGUUUUACUAGUAGCUUGUCAGAUGGGCAGAAAAUGAGACCAUAUGAUGUGGCCAUGGACGGUAAGGGGAAGCUUUGGGUGCUCGGAAUAUUAGAUGUCCACACAGAGUUUGCUGUUCAGUACAACAAGCAUGGUGAGGUCCUGAGGAGUUUCGAACUUAAGAGCACAGGAUGGGCCAAAAGAGUUGCUGUGGACGCGAGGAGGAACCACAUCCUCAUCACACAAACCACAGGAGACAGGGACAACCGGCAAGGUGAAGUGCUAGUGUUCAGGCCAGACGGGACACUUGUGAGAACAAUGGGUGGUGAUAGCAAAACAGAUUUCUUCAAUAUGGGUCAGCCACAGGGGAUGAAGUUCCCGCAGUAUCUCACUGUGGAUGGGGAGGGGAACAUUCUUGUGACAGACUGCGACAGUCACUGCGUCGUUGUGUACAACGAGCACGGACAGUUUCUGUUCCAGUUUGGAAGUAAGGGAAGUGGCGAGGGUCAACUUGACUAUCCCCUUGGCAUCUGCACAGACAGGGCAGGUAACAUCAUCGUGGCAGACUACGGAAACAACCGUGUGGAGAUGUUUGACAAGACAGCUGACAAAACGAUCAAACGUUUUAACGACAUGAGAUAA